GUUGAAGCUUAUUUACGCCUUGUCUCUCGCCACCAUGGCUGACGAAUUCUUCAUAGGAGUAGAGCCUUUCCUAUUCAAAAUUUGCGGUGGUCCAGUGCCCCAAUACUACGAGAAUACGAACAAACGACUUCAAGACCUCGCGAAUGUAUAUGCCGGUGGCCCUCGCGCAGACCCCCACAUCCAUGCAGCCUGGCGACUUUAUUAUCACGUUGUCAAGCUGCGCGAUAUGCUUGACGAUGAGGACUUUCGGACCCGCAUGCGCUUGCUGCACAGUGCUCCCUACGAGAUGCUCGAUGUUCGUGGUUCCGUGUUGCGCUGGCGAAAGCUCAAGGAAGACGCCAAACGAUGGAACAACGCCGAUGGGCCAGGUUCCCUGAAACGAAUCGGCGAUGAAGCGAGGCGGCAGGAGCAGGAAGAGGGGGACUUGUAUGCUUCGGACGAAGAUGUUCAGCUGCAGCGAAAGGAAGAUGCAUAUGUCUCUGGAGAUGAAGACGACAAUGUGGGGGAUGUCGACAUGGGUGGAAGAAAGACAGCUCGGGCUGCCCCUCGUCGUGCUAUCCCUUUGGAUCCUUUGGACUCGACGAAGGGCUCGGACGAUAAAGGACUCUCACGCGCCACCCGCUCCAGGGGAAAGAGGCCAAGAACAGAAGCCCCCGAAAUAGACAAGGCGCAUCCAAAAAAGAAACCCUACUUAAACGGUCGCCUCACAUCUCAGGAUGUAAAACGGCUUCCUCCUCUAGAACGAGAGAAGUAUCUCAUGUCGCUGCCUGGAUUGUCUAAAUCUAGGACAAGAUGUGAGAGGUGUGAGGAAUUCAAUCUGACAUGCUUUUUCCCCGCUGUUACAAGUGCGAAUCCGAAUCCGGCCUGUAUCCAGUGUCGGUCGAGGUGCAGAGGUUGUUCAGCCAGGAAAGCAGGGUCAUCGUCUGCCGCGCCAUCCUCUUCGACUUCAUCGCAAGCGCAAUCACGAGCGGACACUCCUGAAUCCGAAGUAGAACUUGAAGAAGGUCAGACUGCGUCCUCAAGCGGAGUGAAGGACGCUUUUUGAUUUUAUACUAAUGUGCUGCCCGUGAAGAUGGUAUGGUGAC